CGACCACGCUAGGUGUCGUUGGUCCGGAGACCUCGCGGAGUGAGUCAUCUGUGUCGGUCGUGUUUCCCUUUGCGCAAUGAAGCUAUGCGCAGAAGAUGAAUCUGAAUUCUUGUUGAAAACAGCAAAUUGAAAUUUGUGUUGUUGAAGCGCGUAAGUAGCUUCUUCAUGGAGUGCGAGUGGCUUGACCUACACGGGGAACUUCAACUACUCCGCCAGGUGCAAGAACAUGCUGCUGCAGGAGCACACCUGUUGCGGCCGGCGCAACAGUUCUGAAGAUCUCCACCUACUACAUUAUACGAACGUUGGACCAUAUAUUUUUGUCCACUACAACUGGUUCUCGGCUCGUGGUUGUGCGCGCAAAACUUUCUGA